AUGAGCACUUCACUCUUUCUACUCGCCCUCGCGUUGGGCUCACAAGCGAAUGGUGCAGCACUGCCUUCUUCGGCACAGGCGACGGGCCUCGACAUCAGCAGCACCCUGCAAAACAUUCUGGCCAACACCCAAAAGAGCGAUGGCUACACCUACCCGACAGACCUGACCAGAGGGAUUAUGCCUAAACCAAUCCACUCGCACAACGACUACUGGCGCGACGUUCCCUUCUAUUCCGCCCUCUCGGUAGGUUGUGCCUCGGUCGAGGCUGAUGUCUGGCUCUACAACAACACCCUCUAUGUCGGCCACGAGCAAUCCGCCUUGACGCCCGCCCGCACCCUCGAUUCGCUCUACAUCCAGCCCAUCCUGGACACGAUCCAGCGGCAAAACCCGUCGUCUCCGUUCGUCACGUCGCCGACCAAAAACGGCGUCUUCGACACCUCGUCAGGUCAAACACUCCUGCUUUUUAUCGACGUCAAGACCGACGGCCCGACCACGUGGCCUGCCGUCGUCAAGGCUCUGGAGCCGCUCCGCACGCCGGGCUACCUCACCACGUUCAACGGCACGGCCGUCACCACGGGCCCCGUCACCAUCAUCGGCACCGGCAACACGCCGCUGGACCAGGUCCAACCCGUCCAGAAGCGCGACUACUUCUACGACGCGCACCUGCACCUGCUCAACUCGACCGAGUCCAACAUCACGGCCGCCGUGUCCCCCGUGGCCUCGACCGAUUUUGCCGCCCAGUUCGGCACCAUCAACGGCACGGCCUUCAACUCGACCCAGCUGGAGCUGCUGGUCAGCCAGAUCGAGGUCGCCACCUCGAAGGGCAUCCUCGCUCGGUACUGGGACACGCCGGGCUGGCCCAUCAGCACGCGCAACGCCGUCUGGUCGACCCUGCUCGAGCACGGUGUCGGCCUGUUGAACGCCGAUGACUUGCCCGCCGCGGCCGGGUUUGGGGCUUAUUAUGGCCUGUGGUGA